AAUAUUAAGAGUUACAGUUGCCAUAUAUCGCUUCCGUGCGCCACGUGACUUCCUUUCCGGUCUAGCCUGACAACAUGGACGCCAGCCGCGUGCAGCCGAUCAAGCUCGCAAGAGUCACCAAGGUGCUCGGAAGAACUGGUUCCCAGGGACAAUGUACACAGGUCCGUGUUGAGUUCAUGGACGACAGCAACCGCUCCAUCAUCAGGAACGUGAAGGGCCCCGUCAGAGAAGGAGAUGUGCUGACACUUCUAGAGUCUGAAAGAGAAGCCAGGAGGCUGCGAUAGGAGUCCACUGAAGCUGUGAAGUGUGAAGCCGACACGGUGGAGCAGAAGACAGCUGUAGUUUCACCUGGAAUGGCCUACCUUUCACUUCUUCAGAUGUUUUGAAAUAAAUUUGGUUAUUGAGAUGA